AGUAAAAAGAGGAACAGUGCACCAGGUAUUAAAGAGAGUGAGUUGGCAGCCAGACAGCAUCAGUUUCCUUUUUUUCAGUCAUUUGGGCUCUGCUGCUUUAUUGGAACUGAAACAAAGAAGAAGAAGUAGAAGAGACGUAAAUUCAGAACGAUUCCUGAAAGAAAAAAUAAUCAGAAGUCAUGAAGUUCCAGGUUUUUGGAAUGUUAUCAGUGGGAAUUCUCUGUACCACGAUCAGUAUGCUGCUUGCAAGCACAGGCAAUGUUGUAAGAGGCCCUCCCAAGAUUCUGGCACCUGGAAAUAAAACAUUUAAUGUAAAAAAAGAUGAAACACCGAUAAUAACUUGCAAGGCUAAAACUGAAUAUGCCAAGGAAAGUUCUACAUUGAUAUACUGGCUGGCUAAUGCAACUUUCAUAGAAGACCUUUACCCAACUAGCAGGGUGGCUGAAGGACCAGAAAGGCAAAAUCAUUCAUUGAUUGAAAGGGACUUGCACUUCAGAAAGCUGGAAAAAGAAGAUAUCUAUACUAACUUUACCUGCAUUGUUCUGAAUCCAUUUGGCAAAGAUGAAGCAAGAAUUAAAUUGGCUCUAAUAAAUUUGUAAGUAUGGACAUCCAGGAGAGAAGAGUGGAAUUGGAAAUACCAGGCACAAAGCAUGUCACAGUUUCUGGUCCAUAACCGAAUGAUUCCAUGCAAACAUCAGGAUUUCUCAGUUUUGCCUUAGUCUUCUUAGCAACAUUUCUCAGAAGUAAAAUUACAUUUAAAAAUCACAUCUAAGCGUAAUGUACUUUCCAAAUUCAAUGACUGUACAAAAAUGUAAGAGACUGUUGUAACUAAUACGCUGAUAAUGACACUGCAGAAAUUGGUUACUGUGAAAGUAGAGAAUCCAAAUGAAAAAGAAAAAAAUAGGAAUAUGGUCACUCAAAUCCAGCUAAAUAAUAACCACAAACUCCAAACUGAAGCACUGGAGCAAACACACAACAGAUUAAGCAUAUAAACCUUUAAUUUGCUUUUUGUCACAAGGACUUCAUCAGUAAUAAUUCAUGUAACAGUAUUCCCAUAUUUAAACAUCAUUUAUUUAUUUAUUUAUUUUAUUUUACAUUUGUUGACCAGGAUAGUCCGACUGGAUCUAUGUCCAUUUUCAGCGAAGGCCCAGGGAGAAAAGCUCCAUACAUUAAAAACAAUUACAAAGAGAAUUAAUUGUGGCUAUUAACAAUAUAGUUAUCUGACAUAGCUAAAAACAUGUUAUAUACAGAUCAAUUACACAGUGCUGUGACAUAGCAUACCAGAAAUGGCUGGUGAUUCAAAUGAAGAAAUAGUACCGAGUAAAAGUUUUCAGGUAAAUAAUUAAUACUUUUUUUUUUUUGUCCAUAAAGGUACCAAAGGAAGUGUAGAAAUCAAUAUAGAAUAACAAAGCAACUGAAAAUAGAUGUUAUAGACAGUAAGGGUGGUCAUGCAAGAGGAGAAAGUGCUAGUCAGAAUUUGCACAUGGGCAUAGCCAUUGGGAUUUUAGUAAGAUUCUUAGUUGCUUUUUGAAAAUUGGCAUAGAUGAAAGGGAUGCUAGUUCACUUGGAAGUUUGUUCCAAGUAUUACCAACAGCAUUAGUAAACAGGCAAUCUCCAGAUUUGUUGUUGGAUUUUAGGGUAGCAACUAGUGCCCUAUUUGCUGAUCGUAGGGUUGUAAGAUUUUUAUAUGGGCUGAUAAGGUUACAGAGUAUGGGAGUGUCUGUGGGAUGAUGUAAGAUCAUGUGAACAAUAGUAAGUUGCUGGAUAAGAAUCUGGUUUUGCAAUUCCAGCCAUCCUAGCAGUUUAAGAUUUUGGCAGUGGUGGGUUUGAAAAGGGAUGUAAUGCCUUCUAUAUAGGCAUGACCUGUAGAACGUUAAAAGGAUUAGGGAACAUCUUUAUGCUAUAAAAUCUAAAGAUUUAAACAAUGCUCUAUAUAAGCAUUCUAUUUCCUGUGAAAAAUACAAGAAGUUUUUUAUAUGUGUUGGAACAAGUUUGAGAAAACCUACAGGGGUGAUUAGAAACACACUUUAAGUAAAAAAAAGAAACUAAGUGGCAGAUAAAUUUCCAGGACUUAAUGAGACUGUCAAUAUUAAAUGCUUUUUAAGAGACAGAAGACUGAAAAUCAAUAUUUAAAAGAUAGAAAAUUGCAAGACAAUGUUUAAUUUAAGAUUUUGCACUACUGCAUUUCAUGCUUUUAGUAUUUUUAAUAAGUCAUUUUUGUCUUUUUAAGAAAAAUUGUUUUAAUUGAAAAUUUGAUCGAAUUAUUAGUGAUUGUUUCUCAUUAGAUGUAUUAGGUUUAAAUACAGGAUGACUGUUAUAUGAAUUAUUUCUGAUGAAGUCCUUGCGACGAAAAGCAAAUUAACGGUUUAUACGCUUAAUCUGCUGGGUGUUCCCUCCAGCGCUUCAAUUUGCAAUUUGUGGUUAUUAUUAUUUAUAAAGUAGAGAAUGCCUCGUUGAACUGCUGUAUAAUGCUAACAGAACAGCAGUACAUAUUGUAUACAGAGUUUUGGGCAUACUUCUCAAUUAUCACACAUUAGGUAUUUCACUCAUUUUGGCUCUCAAUAUUCUCUGUAAUACUUAAUGAAAGCAAUAUUCCACAUUACUCAGAGACAUUUUGAAGUAUGUAUUCCAUAUUAAUUUAAAAUGUUCUGUAGUUUACAAAAACAAAAAGCAUUAUUUAAGUUGAUUUCACUGUGUUUUCCACUUCCAUUCUCAUGUUUGAGUAUGGAUCAUGCAUUCUGCUCACUUAAUGUAUAUUGUGUCACAUAUUUUUGUGAAAAAAAAAGCUUAAAAGGUGUGGAUGUGGGUGUGCAUAUAGUAUUACCUGGCUUUGAUUCGCAUAUUUAUAUUAACAAAUAAUGAGCAUUUCUUCUUUCUUAUCUUUAACUGAGGAUUUGUUUUAGCUCAAGGUAUACGAAUGACUCGAUGAUGCAAAUUCAAGGUUUUAUUACCUCAUUUUUUUUCUUAUCUUUAACUGAGGAUUUGUUUGAGCUUAAGGUAUAUAUAUAUGACGCAAGAUGAUGCAAGUGUAAGUUUUUAUUACCUCAUUUUUCACGUCUUCACACACACUUUUGCGGAAGUUCCCUGCAUCAUCCCAUUUUGUUUUUCUGACAUUCAUUUUAUACACAGUACAUUGCUGGUCAAAUUUAAGUUGUACAUAAACAUUCAUUCAGUUGACAUCAUUUAAUAUGAGCUACUCUGACUUAUUUUUUAUCCUCUUUCAAGACUACAUUGCUGACAUACAUUUACUUCAUUAAAUUUGCAUACAGUAAGAAAUGAGACAUUACAACUUUCCUGCUGUUUCAAAACUUAUAAAUAUAAUGCUCAGCAUGCGUGCAAACUGUAUAUUACUUUAAUAAAAUGUCAGUAUAAUUUC